AAACUUUAUGUAAUUAAUUAUUUUAUUAUUAAAAUGUAUACAACAACGGUAUAAACUUUCAACGGCUAUAUGAAAUAGUGAAAAAUGGAAAUUACAGAGUAAGAAAAUUGGAAAUUACACUGAUUUAAUUGUUAAAAAAGGAAAUCAGCAACGAUCAUCAAAAUCUAUAAAUAUACACAGCCCUAAACCUUCUCUGGUCACGCUACUAAUAAUCACUCACAAUUCUCUUCUCUCAGUAAUAAAACUCUCGAAGCUGCUUUUGUGUUUGCCAUGGAUUCACUUUCUUCUUCUACUUCGACAAAGAUGAAGAGCAACAACAAGCUCUCUGUCAGAAACCAAAUCCGUUUCAAGAAAUCAUUCUUGUUGUUAAGAGAGAAGACCAUUCUCAAGAAAGCGUUAGAGCUUUCUAUUCUCUGUGACAACGAUAUUUGUGUGAUACAUUACGAUCGUGAAGGAAAUCUCGUCAACGCUUAUCCCGAGGAUCAGUCCCAAGUCAAAGACAUUCUCGAGAGGUAUAACAGAUUAAGCGACAGAGAAAAAAUCAAGAAAAACACAAAUCUUUCACAGUUCUAUAACAAGAAACUCGUUGACGAGAAGAGGAGAUCUCUUACCGACGCAGAGGAACGCAAAAGGUUCACAAAGAAAGUUGGAGAGUUCAAGGGUUCGUUGCUAGAUCAGUUACUUGUAUUACAAGACAGGGCUCGUUACCUUCUUUACUCCCAGGAUCAUCAGACCGAGCCAGAUCAGAGCCGUUUUAUUGCUGCUAUGUCUGAACAAAAUCACAACUUUUCGGCGCCUUCUUCUGGCUUCUUCCCCCACAAUGACUUCUCUUCUUCACUAAUAGACGAGGAGGAUCCAUUGAUGAGCUUUUGUCCGCCGGUAAUUAACAAUCCUGUUUCUGAUCAUCCACAACAAAUAGGAUCAUCAUUAACGAAUCUUCUCAUGAGUGGUGAUGCGUCCGGUUCCUCCAAUGAUCGGAGUAAAUUCUCGAUGUUUCUGUUUAACCAUGAAACCGCUACGUUUACUCAACUUCCCAACUCUGUUUCUUCAAGCUUUGACCAAGGGUUGACUCCGUGUAGCAACAAUCUCAUUACGGCUUCACAUGGGGCACAAGAUUAUAACUUUGGGUACGGCAACAGUCAUAGCUCACAAGGGUUCAACUUUGGGUGCAGCAACAAUCUCAACACACAAGGAUUUAACUUUGGGUGCAACAACAAUCUCUGUACAUGACUGAACACUUUGGUGAAGGCACUUCAGCCUAGUUUAGAUCCUCA